AUGGACAGACUUUUCAAUUAUGACCUGAGACGUCGAAUGACCAAGCUUGUUUGCACAACUCUUACCAUCGACUAUGAACUUGACCUGGGUGCAAAAACACAGCCACCAAUCAACAUUGACGAUCUGCUCUCCUCUACCUAUCAUCUCAUCGCUGUCACUAAGAUCCGAUUCCCAACUGCUCGUUGCCGCCAACAGCUGAGUACUCUGAGGAAAAUGAUGACAUCAACCACAGCACGCCCUGGGACAUUGGUAGUGUCCUCUGGGUACAUGAGAAAAGGGAAGGACGCCCUCAAGUGGAAGGAUAUUGAACUCUUCAUGGUCAAACACCCAGAAGAGCCGAGCUGUCAGACACUUCUCAUGAGAGUUAGGCAUAGGCUAAAUAAGGGCAAAAGAAACCGAGGUGUUGCGCCUGUUUACAUAUACACUGAGCGAAAUGAUAAUCUUGCCUUCUGCGCUAUCCAAGACAUCAUAGAAUAUGCCCUUGUCGAUGGUGCAUUCGCUAGUGAACAUAUCAAGAAACCUCAAGACAUCUGGAAGUACACUAAGGUUCCAGAUCAUCGGCUCAGUACUCCACUACACAUCGCAGAUAGUGUUAAAGAGAUACCCAUUUUCCGAAAGGCUGUGAAAGACUCUGAAGGCAACUGGAUAACUUCACCAACCGAAGCUUGGACAUAUGAGGAUCUACGAGAAUAUGAGCUUGCUGCCGCAAAGUCAGCAGGAGAUGAAAAUCCAGGAUCCUUGUACAAGUAUCGGAAAGGAGCAGCUGCUAAUAUCAGACAUCUUGAUGAACAUUCCCGAAAACUUAUUAUGGGCCACAAACGGAGUGAUACCUUCUCCCACUACAUCCAAAUUCAGGAUGAUACUCAGUCCGCUUUCAUGGGAACACCAACAAGAGAUGCCCUGAUGAAACUAGCUACCAACAAAGGUCUAACUCGAGACCCAUCUGCCCCUCAAGGAUUAAGCGAUGCCAGAAAGCAAGAGGUUGGAAAAGACAAAGAGCUCAAUAACCUGAUUGCUCAUCGUGAUGAGCUCCGUGCCCAGCUGAUUGCGAUACACCACCAAAUUCAGAAAGGGAAACCCACAAACCUCUACAGGGAGUUUAUAAAGGCGGGAAACAGAGUCAGGGCACACAAGAAGAAGCUACUGAGAUCCGCGGAGGAGGCACAGCGCAAAGAUUUUUUUGGGGCUGUCGGAAACGUCAUUAUUGAGCAAAACUACCAAGGCAAGCCGAUUCAAUUUGAUCCAGAUACCUCUCACAUUCUGCCCGAGCGGAAAAUGCUUGCAGAUCUUGAGUUCAAGAAUAGGGAUGUGGACAAAGUGAGCGAUGAGGAGCUUCUUGAGGAUCACAUCCACUCUCUUGAAUUAUGCUUGACUCUCCACCAUCUUAAUGUGCCACCAGCGCUACAAAAGCGAAUUCGGUUUGAUGCAUCCUCAUCAAGCAUACUGUCCACAUGCACUAGCCCUUUUGAGAGUAAGACAGGACUUGAGUGUCCUAUUGCACUGUAA